AUGGAACGCCACAGCUGUCUUAAGAUUAUCCAAUGGCCUAAUUUUAUUGAGCAACAGAGAAUUGCACAGCACUUUCAGCUUCAAUCUGGGCUUCCAGACAUAAUUGGUGCUCUGGAUGGGACGCACAUCAGAUUAUCUUCUUGUAUUGGUGGAGAUAGUGACUAAAUUAACAGGAAACAAUACCCCUCGAUACAACUCCAGGUAGUAGUAGACGCUGAUUUAAUGUUGAGGGACAUAUACACAGGUUGGCCAAGAUCAACCCACGAUGCUCGCGUACUACGAAAUUCAAGUCUUUUUACCAAUGCUACAGCUGGACAGUACUUUGACGUGAACAAGUAUAUAAUAGCAGACAGUGCAUAUCCCUUAAAAGCCUGGUUAAUCACUCCAUUUAAAGACAAUGGUCGCUUAAAUGUAAAUCAGAGGAGGUUUAAUCGAGUUUUGUCAUCUGCUCGACAAGUAGUAGAGAGGGCUAUUGGUCAUCUAAAACAACGGUUUCGGCGACUGCAGGAAAUAACAAUACACGAUUCACUAACUAAGUUCAAACUAACAAAGGUUGUUUAUCUUUAA